AUGGGCGCCGCCACGUCGACGGAGCUGGUGGACUGCGUGGUGGACGGCGACAUCCAGCAGCUCAAGACGCUGCUGCACGACCACGAGGCGGACGCCCAGAGCAAGGACGCGGCGUGGGAACUGCAGCUCGAGGAGGCGGUGCACACGGUCGUGGCCUCGGAGCUCGAGUCCGGCCAGCAGCUGCAGCAGCUGCAGAUCACGCUAGAGCUGCUGCUGCACGCGCGUCCAGAGGCCUGGAGCUCCACAGCCUCCAGCCAAGUCUACAGCACGGAGGAGGGGGAGGAGGACACCAUCACCACCGCCACGAGCAACUCGGCAGGCUGGUCGGCCUGCCAUCGAGCUUGUGCAACGGGCAACUUGGCCUUUGUGUCCUUUGCACUGCAGCACUAUCGGGCGCAGUUUGAACUGCAGACUCGUGACACCUUUGGGCUGUUUCCAGUUGACUUGGUGCCGCCGGAGCUGCUGAUGAGCGCAGCGGAGAUCCAGGACUAUCUCCGACGAGAGCGGGACACGACGAAGCCGUCGACCGCUCGCGCGCGUCGCUGCUUCGCUCUUCAGCACCUGCGCGAGCGCAAGGCGGUGCUGCAAGACCAACAAGUUCGCAGUCUGCUCGGCGACUCCAAGCUGGAAAUUCCAAGCAGGACAACUAACCAGGAUGGAGAAGAAGUUCCUCGCGCUGGAGAAUUCUUUGUGGCGUUCGAACCGAGACGCGAGCGGUUGUCGCUUGAUUUGGAGUGCAACAUGGGGCACGUGCACGAACGUGAAGCCCCACUACAUGUGAACUAUCGCUUGCCACUUACGGAGAUGUUCGUCAACGGCUACUUCCAACUGAUCUGGCGUGAAAUUGGCGAUGCCCGGAGUGAGAAACCGCACUACGACGCACAAGUUACGGGAUUAAGAGACGAAUGCGCUCGGUUCCUGCACAAGGAAGCCCCUCCUCAGCCGCAGCAGACUCAGAAUGAAGAGGCCUGUCAGCACCGACCUCUUGACGGCCCUAGCACAAGCUCCGUGGUGGUGGGCUGCUUCCCCGUUGAUGUGGCGCACUUACCCGCUGACAGCGUCUGCCACGUACUGUUCAUUGCGUGCGACCGGCACAUGCUACACCGCACAAUUGCGUUGAGCACCGAAGGACUAGCCAUCCAGACCGCUGACAUUGAAGACGACAGUGAUGAUUACUACUCGGAUUCUACCAGCGACGAAGACCAACACGAAGAAAAUGCUGUCGAGGAGAAGCCGGAGGUGGAGAUCAAGCAGACGGGUUAUACGUUUUUCGUUGGAGGCGAGGAGUUCUCGCAUCCGAAUUCUGUUUUUGCCGGUCAGAGCUUCCCUGACGUGGAAUCCUUUGAGGCCUUCUUACGGGAGUUAAGGGUGAAGAAGCAGCGUCGU